AUGACGACGCUCGAGAGCCACAUGACGUACACCAUCCACCAAGAGCAGACCUACAUGACCCAGGAGGAUGACUGGGACCGCGACCUCCUGCUCGACCCUGCCUGGGAGAAGCAGCAGAGGAAGACGUUCACAGCCUGGUGCAACUCCCACCUGAGGAAAGCCGGCACGCAGAUUGAGAACAUUGAGGAGGAUUUCAGGAAUGGCCUCAAGCUGAUGUUGCUUCUGGAGGUCAUAUCAGGUGAGAGGCUCCCCAAGCCAGACAAAGGAAAGAUGCGCUUCCACAAGAUUGCCAACGUCAACAAAGCUCUGGACUUCAUCUGCAGCAAAGGCGUGAAGCUGGUGUCCAUCGGCGCCGAGGAAAUCGUCGAUGGCAAUGUGAAGAUGACCCUCGGCAUGAUCUGGACCAUCAUCCUGCGCUUCGCUAUCCAGGACAUUUCUGUUGAAGAGACGUCCGCCAAGGAGGGUCUGCUGCUGUGGUGUCAGAGGAAGACCGCCCCCUACAGGAACGUCAACGUGCAGAACUUCCACAUCAGUUGGAAGGACGGCCUGGCUCUGUGCGCCCUCAUCCACAGACACAGACCCGACCUCAUCGACUACUCCAAACUGAGAAAGGACGACCCCAUCGGCAAUCUGAACACGGCCUUCGAGGUGGCCGAGAAGUACCUGGACAUCCCGAAGAUGUUGGACGCGGAAGACAUCGUCAACACGCCCAAACCUGACGAGAAGGCCAUCAUGACCUACGUGUCCUGCUUCUACCACGCCUUCGCCGGUGCCGAGCAGGCCGAGACGGCCGCCAACCGGAUCUGUAAGGUCCUGGCGGUCAACCAGGAGAACGAGAAGCUGAUGGAGGAGUACGAGAAACUGGCCAGCGAGCUCCUGGAGUGGAUCCGCCGCACCGUCCCCUGGCUGGAGAACCGCGUGGCCGAGCAGACCAUGCGCGCCAUGCAGCAGAAGCUGGAGGACUUCCGGGACUACCGCCGCGUGCACAAGCCGCCGCGCGUGCAGGAGAAGUGUCAGCUGGAGAUCAACUUCAACACCCUGCAGACCAAACUGAGGCUCAGCAACAGGCCCGCCUUCAUGCCCUCCGAGGGCAAGAUGGUGUCGGACAUCGCCAACGCCUGGAAGGGUCUGGAGCAGGUGGAGAAGGGCUACGAGGAGUGGUUGCUCACGGAGAUCCGCCGCCUGGAGAGGCUGGACCACCUGGCCGAGAAGUUCAAGCAGAAGUGCGCCAUGCACGAGUCGUGGACCGCAGGUAAGGAAGACCUGCUCUCCAAGAAGGACUACGAGUCCGCGUCUCUGAUGGAGAUCCGAGCGCUGAUGAGGAAGCACGAGGCCUUCGAGAGCGACCUCGCCGCCCACCAGGACCGCGUGGAGCAGAUCGCCGCCAUCGCGCAGGAACUCAACGAGCUGGACUACCACGACGCCGCCACCGUCAACGCCCGCUGUCAGGGCAUCUGUGACCAGUGGGACAACCUGGGCACUCUGACCCAGAAGAGGCGGGACGCUCUGGAGCGCGUGGAGAAGCUGUGGGAGACCAUCGACCAGCUGUACCUGGAGUUCGCCAAGAGGGCGGCGCCCUUCAACAACUGGAUGGACGGAGCCAUGGAGGACCUGCAGGACAUGUUCAUCGUCCACAGCAUCGAGGAGAUCCAGAGUCUGAUCACCGCCCACGACCAGUUCAAAGCCACCCUGCCCGAGGCCGACAAGGAGCGCAUGGCCACGCUGGGCAUCCACACGGAGAUCGUGAAAAUCGCUCAGACGUACGGAAUCAAGCUGUCCGGCAUCAACCCGUACACCAACCUGACGCCCCAGGACGUCGGCACCAAGUGGGACACGGUCAAACACCUGGUGCCCCUCAGAGACCAAAUGCUGCAGGAGGAAGUGGCCCGACAGCAGGCCAACGAGCGGCUCAGACGCCAGUUCGCCGCCCAGGCCAACGUCAUCGGACCUUGGAUCCAAACCAAGAUGGAGGAGAUCAGCCACGUGUCUGCGGACAUCGCCGGCUCUCUGGAGGACCAGAUGAACAGUCUGAAGCAGUACGAGCAGAACAUCAUCAACUACAAGUCCAACAUCGACAAGCUGGAGGGCGACCACCAGCUGAGCCAGGAGUCGCUCAUCUUCGACAACAAGCACACCAACUACACCAUGGAGCACAUCCGCGUGGGCUGGGAGCAGCUUCUCACCACCGUCGCCAGAACCAUCAACGAGGUGGAGAACCAGAUCCUGACCCGCGACGCCAAGGGCAUCAGCCAGGAGCAGCUCAACGAGUUCAGGGCCUCCUUCAACCACUUCGACAGGAAGAGAAACGGCAUGAUGGACCCAGACGACUUCCGCGCCUGCCUCAUCUCGAUGGGCUACGACCUGGGAGAGGUUGAGUUUGCCCGCAUCAUGACCCUGGUGGACCCCAACAACACCAGCGUGGUCACCUUCCAGGCCUUCAUUGACUUCAUGACCCGAGAAACCGCGGAGACCGACACCGCCGAGCAAGUCAUGGCCUCCUUCAAGAUUCUGGCCUCGGACAAGAACUACAUCACGGUGGAAGAGCUCCGCCGAGAGCUGCCGCCCGAGCAGGCCGAGUACUGCAUCAGCCGCAUGACGCGCUUCGUCAGCGGCGACAGCCCCGCCGGCGCCCUCGACUACAUCUCCUUCUCCAGCGCCCUGUACGGCGAGAGCGACCUGUAAAGAGGCCGAGGGCGACGCGUGGCCGCCCCUGCAACUUGCGUUUGUUGUGCAGCCGCCUGUUUACACACACACACACACACACACACACACACACACACACACGCACACACACGCACACAAACACUGCUGCACUGUGGGUCUGGAGGAGGGAUCAUAGCGGCGACUUGAUCAGAAGUAAAGCAUUGUGGGUAGCCAAAGGUGUAAAUAAAGCGGCACAGGGAAUGAUGAGAACGGAUCCUCUUUUUUUUCUUUUUUUUUUUUUUUCCCCCCCGGGAGUCUUAACGACAUGCGGCAGGAAGGUUUGUGACGGGCUGAUGCGUGACCUUGGUCUGUGCUCCCUCCUCCACCCCCCACCCUCUAAUCGCCACCAAAGCUUCUGGAAGCCACAAAACUUGAAAAUAAAAACUUGUCAC